GCUCUGCCCGCACGUGACUCUUCCAGGGCUCCAUGAUCUGUGGCGAGUUCAGCUGGACUAUUCACCUUUUUUAGACUCUUGUCUAAUGUAUUAUUACAGCGUUCUCACAUUAAAUAUUACGGUUGUGUGUUCGGAAUGGCUAAUGACAGACUCAGGGCGUUAGAAGAUGUGGAGAAGGAGAUAGCUUUAGUGCUUCAGAGCGCAGGAACGAUUGUGCUGGAGCUUUCUAAAGAGAAGGCCAAUGCCAGUUUAUUAGACCGACAGCUGAACCAGUUUCAGACCUCCAUCAACAGAGUUGAGAAUGAACUAAGUGCACAGAUCCGAUAUCUGACACAGGUGGCAACAGGUCAGCCUCAUGAGGGAUCGACAUAUUCAGCCAGAAAGGACUGUCAGAUGGCCCUAAACCGUGCCGAAUAUGCCCGGGUCAAACUGGGAGAGCUGGGACGCACCUGUGAGAUAAUGCUUGAUCCACAGACGUAAAGAAAUAUUUAAUGGACUGUCGCAUUGUAAUAUCUGCCAGCUGACUUCUUAAGUAUUUACAUGCAUCAAAACCUUUCUGAAUACCAUCUACAAGUCAACAACAAUUUUUAUUUUUCAUAAUCCACAGACGUUUUGUUUAAUUACAUAUUUUUCCCAUCGUAAUAUCACUAAAACGUUUGUCUUAUUAAGAAAUGUCACAUGUUUUCUUAUGUUCUGUUAUCACUUUUUAAAUAGUUAUGGCAAAAUAAAAACAUUUUUUCACUAGCAUUUUA